GAGUGGAAUUACGUGAGUAAUAAUUUUAUAAUUAAACUGUGGAAUUUUUCUCUAUUAAUUUUACAAUUUAGCCUUGUUAUCGUAAACAGAUUUUUACAUAUUUACAAAUAUUUACUAAAUAAAGUUAGUGUUCAUAUAAAAAGAAACUUUAAAGUGCUUGUUAUAUACUGGUUUUCUAGCAAUAUAUUUCUUUAUUUAUUUCCAUUGAUAGAUCUAUAAAUAACUCAGCGUUUUUGAUGUGCUUUCCGAUAUGAGCACUAAAGAAGGCACUGGGGAGGCUCUCAACGUGGGAGAGCCACCAUCUUCGUCAAAUCUACCUGUUAGUGUACAAAGUGACUCUGAAAAACACUCGAAUUUAGUGACUGCGUCUGAACUGAGCGGUAGUGUUUCGUCUUUGGCCAGUGUAGCCUCUUCGAAGGCCAGUGUUUCCACCACAAAGAGCGGUAUUAGGCCUCCUAGUCGGAUAGGAAGAUUAUGUGGGGACAGACAUAAGCCUGCAGUGCCACAAUCGCCACCAAAAAGUAGCAGCGCAGGCUCCAUGGACGCCCUCUGGGACCUCCACCCGCACAGGCUCAGCGAGGCUGGCCUCAGCCGUCACUCAGAUUCCAGCGUGAUUUUGACAGAAGACACGGACAGCUUCAUCAUUGGCCAGCGAGUAUGGGUGGGGGGAAACAAACCAGGACACAUCGCUUUCAUUGGCGAGACGCAGUUCGCGCCAGGCGAGUGGGCGGGGAUAGCUUUAGAUGAACCAAUCGGUAAAAAUGAUGGAUCUGUGGGCGGCAUACGAUACUUUCAAUGCGAGCCUAAAAAAGGCGUAUUUUCGAGGUUGACCAGGCUAACUAGGGUUCCUUUGAAUCAGGAUAAUAUGGGAUCUGGGGAUACAUUUACUUAUUCCAGUCCUGUUAAUGGUGGACUCAGAAAAAGUACCCCUAAUACCCCAUCACCAACUGAGGGUCACAGAAGCAGUGUCAGGACUCCAGUAUCAGUUUCUGGUUCCAACACGAGCUUGUCCACAGUUCACAUAGAUUACAAAAUCGGAGACAGGGUAAUCAUCAAGAGCAGCCAAGGCUCCAAGGUGGGCUACGUCAGGUACAUGGGUGCUACUGAAUUCGCUCCCGGUGAAUGGGUGGGUGUGGAACUGGACGAACCCAGAGGAAAAAACGACGGUUCCGUCAAUGGAAAAAGAUAUUUCGAUUGUCAACCGAACUUUGGCCUUUUCGCGCCAAUAUCCAAGGUCAGUAAGUCCCCGUCCAAGGUCAAACCCAGCCAGUGCCAAGUACACUCGCCAGGGGGCGUAGGCUUACCGCCCAGUGGCUUGAAACGGGCUAAUUCUAAGGAAUCUAUGGCGUCGAAUCUUUCGAUGAUGAGUUCUGCAUCUGCUGCAGCACGCAGGGUAAGAUUGGGAGUGACGUCACUGUCUCCAAAGAAAUUACCCUCAAAACCCAGCGCCGCCACUGUACCCACGAGAACAGCACUUCAGGACGUGCUGAAAGAGAAACAACAACACAUCGAGCAACUGUUAAAGGAACGCGAUCUGGAAAGAGCCGAAAUAACUAAGGCUGCGAGCCAAGCUGACGAUGCAGAACACAAGUUGGCUCUUUUGAGACAAGAAUACGAUAAAUAUCGUGCAGAAUGCGAAGAAACUCUAAAACAACAUCUAGAUAUGCUGAAUCAACUGAAGGAAAGCAGAAACGAAUUAAUAACGCAGCUAGAAGACGAAAAGAAGAAGAACGAAGAUUGGCAGUUUAAAUUUGAAGAAGCUGAAAUAAUCAAAGCUGAUUUAGAGAAACAAAUUAAGGAGGAAAAUGAAGCGAAAGAUUCCAGUACUGCAAGAAUUAAGGAACUGGAAAGUGUCCUGGCUGCAGAACGGGAAAAAGUGGAAAACUUAGAAUCAGAAACAAACAAGUUGUUUGAGGCUGAAGAAAACUUGUCCAGAGCUCAAGAAGAGAUUGAAAACUUGAAGAAAAGUUUGGAAGAAGCCAAAAAUACUCAGGUAGCGUUGCAAGGAGACAGUGCUACCACUACAGUUUUGAUUAAAUCGCUUCAGAAUGAUCUGGAUCAAAGCAAGAAAGAUUGCGACGAAAAAUCAGAAAUGAUCAACGUUUUGAAGCAAGAAAUAGAAACUUUGACCAAUGAACAAGCCAGAUUAUUUAAGAAACUUGAAGAAACCGACAGCAGAGUAUUGGAAAAGGAAGGUAUAUGUGAAAAGAAGAAUGAAGAAAUAGAGAAUUUAAAGAAAGAGUUAGAUAAUAUAAACAAAAUAGUGAAUGAACGCAAUAAAACCAUUGAAACUCUGCAAGCAGAAAGUUUAAAUAUCGAAGAUACAUCCCAAAAACAAUUACAGCAAUUAAAAAUGGAACUUAGCUCUAAAAUUGUUGACUUAGAAGCUUCAAAUGAGAAAAUUAUAACAUACGAGAGUGAACUUACCAACUUAAGAAAAGAACUUGAAAUAAACCAAACAAAUUUAACCCAAAAAUCGCAAGAAUUACUUGAAUUCCAGAACAACUUAGGAGGUUUAGAAUCCAAACUUAGAGCAGAACUGGAACAGACCAGAACAAACUUACAGAACCGCAAUCAAGAGUUUGAAAACCUCCAAAAAGAAUUAAGCCAAAAUCUUACUGAGAAGAAUGCAGAAAUUGAAAAACUAACAACUCUAAAUAAGGAAACUAGUGAUAGAUUGAAUCAACUCACUUCUGAACUUGAAAAUACUAAGAAACUAUCGGAAGAACAGCAAAAUCAACAACUUGAAUCUCACAAAAACGAAGUUGAACAGCUUCAAGCAAGUCUUGUUGCAAUGGAAAGUCAGCUUGAAGCACUGAAGAAUGAUUCUGCAAAGAUACUUGAAGAAAAGGAAACUGUUAUUAAAGAACUUGAUCAGAAAUUGUCUGAUUCUCUUUCCAAGGUUGAAAACUUAACGAAAGAGCUUGAAGUUCUUAAAACUAAUUCCGAAAAAUCAUCUGAAGAACUUCAGACUAAAUUACAGCAAGAAAUUGAUAGGAAGAGUGAAGCUAUUGAACAAUUAACCAGAGAUCUUCAAGAAAAAUCAACUCAGCAAUCUAAAACGUUGCUAGAACUAGCUGAAAUCAAAGCAACAAUAGAACUAAAAAAUAAAUCUUAUGAAGAGCUUGAUGAGAAAUUUAAAAAACUAAAAUCAAAGCUAGAGGAUGACUUAAAACUUAUGAAUACCGAGCUCCAAAAGAAUGUUGAAGACAAUAACGAAAAAGACAAUCAAAUACAUUCUUUACAAACUCAGUUACAAGCUACCAAGUUAGAUUUAGAAACAGCAACCACUGACCUCUUGCAAUAUCAAACAAAUUUAAGUGAUAUUGAAGGAAAAUUGAAAAAAGAACGCGACGAUCUUCACGAAGCUUUGAAAGAAAAAAUGACUGAAUAUGAUAAUUUACAAAAGAAAUUGUCUGAUACUAUCACAGACAAAGAUAAAGAGUUAGAAGGCUUGAAAAAUAAUAUAAAAGAAAAAACAGAUGAAGUGGAGAAAGUAAAUCUAAAGAUAGAAGAACAAAAAGUAUUAAUAGAACAAACAAAUGUAGAAGUCAGUAACUAUAAGAAGCAAAUAGUUGAAAGUGCUGAGGAAUUAUCAAAAUUAUCUUCAAGACUUCAGGAAAAGGAUAAUGAAGUUUCUAAAUUAACUCAAACAGUAGCAGAACUGCAAAAUAGUGAUAGUGAAAAAACAAACACUAUAACUAAUCUUAACCUGGAGAUUCAAACUAUAAAAGACCAAAAUAACAAUGAUUCUGAUACUAUUAGCAAACUAAAUCAACAAAUAAGUGAGCUGAAUGAGCUGAAAAACAGCUUGCAUAAGAGCAAAGAAGAAACUAAACAGCUUCAAGAUCAGUUAGAUAAUACAAAACAGAAAUAUGAAGAUGAGUUGGAUUCUAAAACCAAACAGAUUGAAGAAAUUCAAGUGAAAUUGACCAGUAAAGAAUCUGAAAUUAAAGAAAUAAGUUUAGUAUUGGCAGAAUCCAAAGAAAAAUGUACUGCACUUUCUCAAGAAUUGGUUCAUUAUCAGAACAAUUUAAGUGAUGUAGAGAGUACAUUAAAGCAAGAAAAAGAAACUCUUACAGUUGAACUAAACAGCAAAAAUGCUGAGUUAAUAAAUAUCAAAGAAGAGCUUUCAAAAUUAAUGCAAGAUUUAGAAAUGAAGAACGCAGAAUUCAACGGUAUUGUUGAAGAAAAUAAAUCUACUAAAGCUGAGCUAGAUAGUCGUUUAGUUGAAUUAGAAAAAGUUAAAGAAGAAUUGUCGCAAGUAACGAAAAAGCUUGAGCUAAAAUCGAGCGAUGAAGAAACUUUAAAACAAAUUCACGAAACUUCACAAAGAGAAAUUGAAUCAAAAGACGUUGAGUUACAUAAACUCCAAACCAAGCUCACUGAAGUCGUGAAAGAUCUAGAAAUACAGUUGAAAGAAGCUCAGAAUGCUUUGGCUCAGAAAACUGAGGAGGUUCAUUUGAAACAGGAUGAGAUCGUUUGUAUCACAGAAAACCAGAAGAAAUUUAUAAGUGAGCUGAUGGAAGAUCAUAAAAGCAAGCUGUCUGAACAGAAGAAACAAGUUCAGAGUUUGGAAACUCAAAUUACCGGAAAAUCUACUGAAUUUGAUAAAAAUGUUGAAGAGUUUAAAAAAAUGGAGGAAAAUUUGAGAAACAAAACUGAUGAAGUUGGUAAACUUAGCCAGGAAUUAGAAGCUUCUAAAAAAGCUGUUGAGGAGUCUAGUAAAGUUGUUUCUGAAUCUAAAGAGAAAAUUGAAGGCUUGGAGAAAGAAAGUAAGGAGUUUAAAUUAAAAGUCGAGGAACUGCAGAAAGAACUGUCCAAAAUAACUUCAGAAAAAGAUCUUUUAUCUCAGAAAGUUACCAGUUCCGAGACCGAUAUCUCCCUUAAAGAAAACGAAUUAAAAACAUCACUAACUGAAAAAAAUACACAGUUACAAUCUUUGGAAUCACAGCUCAGUAAACUGAAAACUGAUAGUGAAGAACAGCUGAAGCGUGAAGCUGAAAAACUGAAGAUUUCUGAACAGUCUGAAUCGCUGCUGAAGAAUUUGAUAGCUGAGAUGGAGAAAGAUUUAGAACAGGUUCCCGCUCUCAAAUCUGUCAUUACCAAAAGUCAGGAAAAUGCCAGUAAAAAGGAUCAAGAACUUGCCAGUAAAAAUACCGAAAUAAGCAAACUUAAAGAACAGCUUGCCAAGUUGCAAACUCAAAGUGAUGUUCCUGUGAACGGAGCUGUGAUCAGUGAUAGUGCUGCAAAAACUAAUACAUCACAAACCAAUUACAAGCAGCUAUUGGAAGAAAAAAUCUUUGCCGAGAACCAAGUAGAGUUCUUGAACUCGAUCAUCGUCGAUAUGCAGAGGAAAAACGAAGAACAAAAAGCCAGGAUAGAAAUUCUCGAAAUGGGUUACAGCCCGGCAGCAGCAGAAGAGUUAAAACAGCUUGGCUUUAAUUUAGACAAUAGAAGACAACCUGCACCUCGAAUGUACUGUGAUAUAUGUGAAGAGUUCGAUCUUCACGAAACAGAGGAUUGUCCUACUCAAGCAUCGGAAGAGCCCCCCAGUAGUGCUCAAUUAGGGCACGAAAAGAAGCAAAAACCACCUCCCAGGCCUUAUUGUGAUAUAUGCGGAGAAUUUGGGCAUGAUACUGUUGAUUGUACAGAAGACCAGGAGUUUUAAAUACUUACUAUUUAAUUUAUUAUUAUUUAUUCAUUGAUUAAAAUUAGUUUCAAUUUG